AAAGCAGUGCAACAGCUAAAAGCCACGCUGCUCAAAGCAGUGAAGCCUUUCGGAUACCACAUUCGGGAACCUCGAAACCCCCUCCCCCCCUUUGGGAAGUCAUAGCAUUUGGUGGAAGCGACAGAAAAGUUCCAGGUUCCGGACGGGAACUUGGUCGAACGUAUCACGGCGGUGAUUGGCGAAGUUUCGAACGCGAAUUCCUGACGAGGCGGUUAAUUACGAUCCGACGAAGUCGACCCAUAACCGAUAGAGCAGUUCUGAAGGUGAAUUCCAGGCCAGGCGGCCGACUACGGUCCGACGAAGGCAAUCCAUACCCAGGUGGACGGAACGUCGGAACCAAGGUACCAGGCGGCGUCAUCAGGGCCCAACACUGACACCACACACAAACAUGCUGGGAGUUUUGCAGGUGUGCAACAUCGCUAUUGGACAAUAAAAUUCUGAUUCGCCCAUCAUUUCUAAUUCAUUCAUGCAUCAGUUCGCUUUCGUUCUUCGACGGAAAAUGUCCUCAAUCAUCCGAUACUCCUUGAACCGUGGCAGUGCUUGGUGGUCAUCAACGAUCACCCGAAUUAGGCACUUUUGGUCCGAUGAAGGACCUGCUGGCGAUUGUUUCUGGUGGUUGGAUGUGAUGAUGCUUCAAGCAGGUGUGCGAAGCUUGUUGACGGCCAACUGGGCCCAUGAGCGUAAAAUUCGUGUGUUUUGCCUAAGUUUGUUCGCCUACCACGUCACCGUAUUCUAUCUGCAACUGGUUGAUGCGUUAGCAAACAAAACCGACUCGUCCAACUUUAUUUUGGCACUGGUAAAAGCUGCCUGUCUGAGUGUUUCAUUCGCCAAGGUGGUAGCCAUAGCACUUCUGGAAAAAUCGAUUGGAACUUUGCGUCGUUUCAUCACCAGCGACCGCGUCAACUCCGGAAGCCUUGAUUACGAUGAGCUCGAGCAGAAGAAGUUCAACAGAGCCACUCGGAGAGCCAUGCUAGCUGUGUACGGAUGGAUAGUCGGAGAUACAAUGCUGUUAUCGUCCCAGAGCCCUUCUGUGGAUGAAUUGCUGACAUUGCCCUCACAUUUGGCCCAAACAGGGAAAUAUCCGUCCAUGUUCUUCAAGCAACUGUUCAACUGUACCUUAGCUGCUUCUAUUAUUCCGGUAAUCUGCGGCGGCGUGGCGUGCUUCGGAGUUAUUCUCAUGGGAAUGCGAACAAAGCUUAAACUCUUAGUUCAUCGUUUCGAAGGAAUUAAACAAGUACCUGGGUCGAACGUCGAGCAAGACUUCGAACGCGUGAACAGUCAAAUUCGGAAGUCCUUGCUAAUGCAUGUGGAAUAUAUGAGCCAUUUGCAAAUUCUUAAAGGAAUGAUUGGAAAAAUAUUUCUUAUGGUGCAUUACUUUUCGGUUUUCGCAAUAGGAGCUAUGAUUUACUUCGUUCGCCAAAUUGGAUUAAAUACACUGACAGCCACAACCGGUGCGGCUGCGUUUUUCUUUUUGUUGGAGUAUUAUUUGUUGUGCCAUCUGGCGGAUUCGCUUCAGGACGAGGCUGAAACUAUUGCAUAUCAUAUUUUUGAGAUUGGUGCUCGAAUGCCUUAUCACCCAAUUUAUCACCCGGAAUACGUCCAAUUGCGAACCACUCUUAUGAUUGUUUUGAUAAUCACACGUCAGCGAUUUACCUUGAAUUGCAUGGGAUUGUUUGUCAUUAAUACCCCUACCUUCGGCGCUCUGAUUAAUGUUGCAUAUUCGGUCGUGAACUUCCUGGUUAAUAUGGAUUAA